AUGACAGAAAAGGCAGCAGCAGCAGAUACACAGGGGGGUGCCCCCUAUGCGCCAUCCCCCAAAACGACGGACCUUCCAUCGCAUGUAGGGGGGCCCUCAGGGCGCUAUGCGCUUCUCUCCUUAAUAGUCACUGCAGCGGUCAUUCUGGUUGCGUUGUUGUCUGCUGCCACGCAUCAUUUUGCUCUCCCCCUCGUCUCCCCUGUAGACGCCCCAGCGGAGGAAUUCAGCGAGGAUAGAGCCAAGCUGUUGCUGCAGCCUGCAACGCGGAGUGUUCGUACACUCGGCAGCUGUGACAACGAAGUCACAAUGCCGAUGCUGCUGCACUCGUUUGUGCUGCAACAGCUCCUCAAGCUCUCUUACGUACCCCAGCCAAGAGAUGUAGGGGCUAGGACUCCAGCGGCAGAAGCGACCGGUGCCGCAUCGCAUGCAGCUGCAGGAGAAGCAGCAAAAGAAGAAGCAACCGCAACACCGGGGCUAGCAGCAGCUGGAGCAGAGAUGCAGGCAGUGGUUGGGCGCGUGAGUUAUGUGCUGCUGGUGACGCACAGGCCGCGGGGAAGUGCAGAACGAUCAACAACAGGAGAAACUUCAGCCUCAACUGAAGGGGUUUCAGCAGCAGCAGCAGAAAGGAGAGCAGCAGCAGCAACAAGACUGAGACGCAUAAGUCCUCCAGGACAGGUGACUGAUACCGAAGUAUGCCUGUGCGGCGUGGCGCAGCAACACCAUCUGCUGCUGCAGCAGACGCAGUACCACAGCGCAGCAGUAUCAGCAGCAGCGGCUACGGGAUUUGAUAAACUGUUGCUGCAGCAGACUCAACAGGAAUUAGAGCCUGUCUGCAGCGACCAACAGCAACGCCAGCUAUGUGAAGCAGCAGUGAGGAUAGCAGCAGCAGAGGACCCCUUCUCUCCGUCGGCCGCAGCAGGAGCGGUUGCUUCCUUUGAGAAAUGGGAAGCAGAACCAGCAACAGCAGCAGCUGGUGCAGCACAUCCGGAGACGUGGGGGCAGCUGGAGUGUACAGACAGCCCCCGCGUGUUAGAUGCAGCUUCUUCUAGUUUUGUUACUGGAACAUUCAUCCCCAAAGUGCAGUGCUUUCGUGUAACGCGGCAUUUCCUGGCUCCGCCUUCAACUGUCUCUGCUCUGGUUGGCCUCGCUCUAAAGCAACACGAGCAGCAACAGCAUCAGCAACAACAGCAGCAACACAAGCACCAGCAGCAGCAGCAGGGAGGUGGUAGUUUGGCAGCUUCUGAGGCUGAAACGUUGGAGCGGGCGAGCGUGGAUUCUGAGCAAGUACAUAGUGAUACAGUGGUGGAGGGGCUGCAGCAUUUGCUGCGGGUGUUGCCCUUUUUGGCUCGAGAGGAAGUAGAGAGCAGUUUCUCUGCUGCUGCUGCUGCUGCCGAUGCAGCAGCAGCAGCUGGCUCUGGCAUCCUGCAUCACCUGAUGGGCUCCAUCUUAGCUGUGGAUGCGGGAUUUUGGAGAGGGGCUGCUGGGGGGUUUGCUUUAGACUAUGGGGGGCUGAGGACUGCGCUGUAUGGAGGCCCUGCCAACUUCACCUUAGAGAUCAAGCCUCUCCGGUUCUCUGCUGGUGGCAGCUGUGCUGUCUCGAGAACCCCUCAGGCAAGCAAUGCUAGCUAUCUAUUGGGGGCCCAAAGCCACCCAAAGUGCUCGCUGGGGGACCCCAACGACAAUGCGCAUGCAGGAGCCGACUUGCAGGGUAACCACACCACGGCGGGAAGGACAACUGUUGCUGGUCCUGGUGCUGCAGCUGAUUCUGCUGCUGCACUUAUGCUCGCAGCGCACUAUGACUCAGCUCCGUCUUCCCCUGGCAUUAGUGACGACCUGGGGAUGUGCGCUGUGGCGCUGGAGGUGGCGAGGGCUGCGGUGUACAGACACCUUAGAACUGCUAACAGACGCCAACUGACACUAUGGGGCUUGCAAAAAGACCUGCAGCAAACUCAUGUAGACGAAUCCCUUGCUGCCCCCCUCAUUGUGAACCUCAACGGGGCUGAGGAAGUGAUGCUGCUUGCUGCGCAUGCAUUUGGUUCACAGCACCCGUCAGCACGUCGCGUUCGUGUUGCGGUUAACUUGGAGGCCUCCGGAAACGAGUCUGAAAGCGCUGAGGUGCUGCAGAUGCCGCGCCCUCUGGCGAGAAAGCUCCUGGAGGCCAUCGCCGCGCUGCCUUCACCCAACGCACUUUCUCUGGCAUCAGAUGUCUGGAAUUCGGGGCAGUUUCCUGGGGAGACAGACUUCAGAGUUUGGGCUGAGGUGUUGGGGGUAGAAGGGGGGCUGGACUUGGCCUGGAUUGGGGAGGGGUCAACGUACCACACAUCCAGAGACGACUUGAACAACCUACACAAGGGCUCGCUGCAGCACACAGGCAACACCGUGCUGCUCUUGCUGCAGCAGCUGCUGAACGCCACCGCUGAGCUUACAGAGCCUUCGCCAGAAGCUCAGGAGCAGGAUGCCCCCGAAAUUCCCUUCUACCAAGACUUUCUGGGCAUGGUGCUGCUGGUUCUGCCUUGGGAGGCGUUUUCACCGCUCGCGGCAGUCGCCUGUGUGAUGGGGAGCGAUGGUGCUUUGUCGUUGACUUCAGCAAGUACUGUCCUGUGCCUUUUAGUUCAAGAAAUGCAACUAAAGAAUAGUCUUGCCCUAUCUUCCCCUGCUUGUUGUUCAGAUUUCUUCGCUUCCUUCUACCUACUGUUGUUGCUGCUGGGACUAGCCCACCUUGCGCUCCUCGAUGGCACCAGCGGCCCCGCCGGUCGUAUGGGGGAGUCUCUGCUUCAGACAGAUUUGCUGUUAAAUUUCGGGGUUUUGCUACCGGUGCUGGUGCUGCUGCCUGCGGUUCUCUGCCCCUCUAUCUUCCAUGUGCUGCACUGGUUCAGGGGGGGCCCUUGCCGCCCGAAGGCAAGUGCGGCCUCUUCCUGCGUCCAAGAGACAUGUUGGCGGGGUAGGGGCAUAUGGGCUGUUGCUGCUGCACUAGCUGCAGCUGCUGCUGUUGCUGCUGCUGGACUCAACAGUUCGCCUGUGUUCCCGCCGCUUGUUGACCUGCCUGUACCGCAGCAGCUUCUGCAUGGGACCGAGGGACCUGCUGCUGCUGAAACGACGGAUAUUAGGCACACUGGGGGGGCUGUUGGCCAGCUACCGCGUCCAUCAGGAGACAGUCUCGCAUUUAUGAGACAGAUCCACCGCCAACCCAAGCCACAUCGGUCUCUCUUAGGCCUGCUGCCCUUUGGCCUCCCCCAUUACUUGCUCCCAUCUGAGGAAUUCCCCUUCUCCCCAGAAAGGCCGCUGCAGGUGCACUUUGUUAUUUUUAGACGCUCAAAGGUUACCGCAUUCUCCAGUCUCUGCAGCAGCAGCUCCAGGAACAACAGCGGCAACCCUGACAAAGUGCUUGGCGGCAGCUGCAACGAGAAAACCGAGCAGCUCAACCAGCAAGCGUGGCUCGCCACCACCCCAUCAGAAGCACCAACACCAGCAGAAAGUGCCGCUUGCCUUGCCCCUGAGUUGGAGCCUUUCUCUCAAAUGCACCAUGUCCCGCCGCUCUCGCGCCACUCCACUCAAGGCGUUGCGGUGAUGGGGCUAGGACCCCAAGUGUUUUGGAAUCCGGCGUUUGCCGACGCUCCUUUGGUAAUAUCUGCAAUGCGCAGAGCCGUGGUGGCGGCCGAGGAAGAGGCAACGACAGCAUCGUCUUUUGCAUCUUUGAGCGGAACCCAGCAAGCCUAUUAUUCCCACCAUACCGCUAAUGCAAGGUUCCAAAAGCAUAUCAACGGCGCUGCGGAGGCAAAUUCUGCUAACUGUGCAGGACAGGAAGGUGCUCAUGCAGAAUCUGGCGAAGACGUUGUUGCAUCUACAAGAAGGAAUAAGCAUAGCGGUUCUGAUGAGAAUGAGGCUUCGAGAUACUGGACAGGAAAAGCGGCACCCGCAUUUCUUCUCGUGGAGGAAUCCCCUUCAGAGAAAGCCCCUUUGACCCUCGCUCACCUCCACAGGCUGAGCACAAAUCGCAUGCAUUGGAGUCUCUACACAAAUGCGCAGGCUUUUCUCCCUCCCCCCAGACCCACGCUGACAAGCGGGGUGUUUAGUCCUGCGCUCCGAGGCAAAGUGGACGUACACUACGACGAGGCGACAGAAGAAACGCGCCUGACUCUGCUCAUUGGAGGUGCCUCGCUGUUGGCUGUGGCGCUUCCGGCCUCUGGACUUAAACGGUGGAAUUUGGAGCGCCAGGCACCUCUGAAACGGCUCAAGCAGUGUGACUGUUACAUGGUUACUUUGGCCGCCCCAAAGCCUCCAGUUAUGACGAAGCUCGAAUUUUUCUUUCAUGGGAACGUACCCGUCCGCUUCACAACGCGUUCAGGUUUAUGCGACAUAACGGCACCGAACACCGACUGCGCAAAAACGCCGUUUUUCAGCGCUUUUCAGAGUUUUCUUGUAGGUUUUCCUCAUCGUCAGGCUAUGGAUGAAGGGCCUUUGACCGUCGAAUCCGCGGCAAGAGGUGUUGAGGCUGGCGGCGGUAUUCUGUAUUCGGGUGAAACAUCUGAGGCGAAGAGCCCCAACAGCCGUUUUGACAGUUUUUGGAACAGGCUAAUCAGUGAGCUGCCCCCACAUAUAACUGCUGCGGGCAGCUAUGCGGAUGCUGCGGAGUGGAUUUUGCCACGUGCACCGUUCUCCGCUGAGUUUGCUUUCGAUUGA